AUGUCAACUUGGCGAGCAGCAGUUGGUGUAAAACCACCAAUAGCGCCGAAACCGGUUGAGGACGAUGAGUGGGAAACCGAUCCUGAUUUCAUAAAUGACAUCAGCGAAAAAGCGAGUCGGUGGGGAGCGAAGACUGUUGAAGGCUCUGGACACCAGGAGCACUUCAAUAUGGACAAGUUCCGACAAGAGGCAUUAAUAGCAGACAAAAUUCAGCAGGAGAAGAAACUUGAACAAAUGCCGAAGCCUAGUGAAGGAUAUGGAGGGAAGUUCGGAGUGAUGACUGACCGGAUGGAUAAGACAGCUGUGUCGUUUGACUACAAGGGAAAGGUGGAAGCCCACGCAUCGCAAAAGGACUACUCUAUAGGUUUUGGUGGAAAGUACGGUGUGCAAACGGAUCGCAAAGACAAAUCCGCUGCGGGCUGGGACGAGAAGGUUGAUCUAUCGAAGCAUGAAAGUCAAAAAGACGCGUCUACCGGGUAUGGAGGAAAAUUUGGUGUCCAAGUUGACCGGAAGGAUAAAUCGGCGGCAGGAUGGGACGAGAAGGUUGAACUCUCAAAGCAUGAGAGCCAGAAAGACGCGGCAACUGGUUACGGAGGUCGAUUUGGUGUGCAGACUGACAGAAAGGAUAAAUCGGCCGCAGGUUGGGACGAGAAGAACGAGCUUACGAAACACGAAAGCCAAAUGGACUACAAAAAAGGUUUUGGAGGCAAAUUUGGCGUUCAAAAAGACCGUCAGGAUGCUUCAGCAGUGGGUUGGGAUACAAAGGAGCAAGUUCCGAAGCACGCCAGUCAAACUGACUAUAAACAAGGAUUUGGCGGCAAAUUCGGUGUUCAGACGGAUAGACAGGAUAAAGCUGCUGUUGGAUACGAUGUUCACGACAACCUUGGGAAACAUGAGAGCCAGACAGAUUAUAAGAAAGGCUUCGGAGGCCAAUUUGGAGUGCAGACUGAUAGACAGGAUCGUAGCGCUGCAGGAUUCGAGUACCAUGAGCAAUUGGCUAAACAUGAGAGCCAAGUAAUCAAUAAAGGUAUCGACAAAUCAAAUAAUCAAACUCGUGGUGACGAUCGGCCAUCACCAAGUCCUGCCAGUCAUCGCGAGAAAGUUGAAGUUCCUGCAAAAGCUCGAGCCUCGGACUUACGUGCUCGAUUCGAGAAGUUGGCGACUACUGACACAGUAGAUCGAGUCGCCGCUGAACGAGAGAGGAGGAAGCGCGAAGAUCAAGAAUUGCAAGAACGGCAGCGACGCGAAGAGGAGGAAAGGCAGCGGCGCAUCGACGAAAAUUGGAAGAAACAAGAAGCGGAACAUCCUGUCGAUACAGAGCGGCAACGAGCUGAAGAAGAUGCGAAUGAGCGAGCUCAUUUAGUGAGUAGUUUGGAAAUUACGAAAGUGAAACUAUAUGCGUCCCCAUCGGAAGCUCUAAUUGUAACACAAACUGGUGAAGUGUCUCAUCGGCUGAUGAACGGUGCAUGA